AUGGUUCCGCCAACUCAAAAUCUGAAUUUGGAUAUCACAGCCAUUUCUGGAAUCUGUGGGUCAAUAUCAAUUGCGUGUUGGAUAGUAGUUUUUAGUCCUCAGAUUAUUGAGAAUUGGAGACGAGGUUCGGCUGAUGGAUUAUCCUUACAAUUCAUUAUUAUAUGGCUUGCUGGUGAUGUAUUCAAUAUUUGGGGCGCCAUGCUUCAGGGCGUUCUUCCUACGAUGAUUAUCCUCGCCGUCUACUACACCAUAGCCGACGUAGUUCUCCUAGGCCAAUGUUUCUACUACAAAGGCUUCACCUGGCGCGAUGAAGUCAAGCCACCGCCUACUCCACCCACCCCACCCACCCCACCCAAGCCCACCUACGCCGCCAUAGCAGCAGGUACAAGCGUACCUACUGAAACCACCGGGCUGCUCUCUCACCAAGAACGCCGCCGCAGUAGUAUCUCCGCCCAACAUCUCUCCCCCGUGGUCCCGCUCCUCGAACCCCGCAAACCCAGCGAUUCCCCCACCAUCAAACCCUCCACACCCACUUCCCCACUACAAACCUUCCUCUUCAAUUUCCUCAGCAUCCUACUCGUCUGCAUCGCCGGUAUCAUAGGCUGGUACAUCUCCUCGCGCUCCUCACACCAAACCCGGUCCCACCACCCCUCCACCCACACCACAACCCCCACCUUCUCCCCCCUCGGCCAAACCUUCGGCUACCUCUGCGCCAUCCUCUACCUCAGCUCCCGCAUCCCCCAACUGCUCCUCAACCACCGUCGCAAAUCCACCCAGGGGAUCUCCAUGCUCUUCUUUCUCUUCGCCUGUAUCGGUAAUCUCACCUACGUGCUCUCCAUCUUCGCUUAUGAAGCCCCCUGUCUCACUACUUCUAAACACGGCCACGAUGCAUGUGAGGAAGGCGAAGCCCGCUUCCAGUAUAUACGCUAUGUAGCUGUAAAUGCGAGUUGGAUUGUGGGGAGUGCGGGAACGCUGUUGUUGGAUGCGGGGGUUUUUGUGCAGUUUUUUAUUUAUGGGGAUGGAGAUGGAGAGGGGAAGGUGGUGGAAGAAGAGGUGGCGGUGGAGGGGGAGGGAAAUGGUGUUGUUGUUGGUGGUGCUUGA